UAAGUUGAGAGGAAAGCAGCUUUAAUUGCAGGGCAGAGAGAAAAGCCAGCGAUGGCUUCGCUCAGGCAGGAGCACCACUAUGGGCUCUCCUCUGGAAAAAAUAACAAAAACAGCUUCAACAGGUCGCUGUACCAUGUCAAGCUCACGGACACGGCUAUCAGGGCGCUGGAGGCUUACCAAAACCUCAAGGGAUCUCUACCAAGUGAACCAUCGAUUUGUUUCAAGGGAAACCAAGGGUACAUCAAGAUCCCAGCUCCCACAGCAGAGUCACCUUCUGCUCUCCGCGUCUUCUCCUUCUACUUAUCCAGUGACAGCAAAGACCAGCCUCAAGCCAGCUUCGACUGCAUCCAUCAAUAUGUUUCAAGUGACGGCCGCGAGCAGCUGGAAGGUCAAGGCAUCAUCCAGGACAAGAUCACAGUGUGUGCCACCGACGAUUCCUACCAGAUGACCCGUGAGAGGAUGUCUCAGGUGGAGAAGGACAGCUGGAGCCGCUCUGCCAUUGAGAUAAAACCUGGGGCCACACAUCCAAGUAAAUGUGUCAAGGUCCACAAGAGGCCAGCUCCUUUGUCUGCGUCUACCAACAACCGGAGGAACAGCAGUACGGCCACGCCGACCCAGAAGCCUUUGAGGGAGCGUAUCAUCCACCUGCUAGCUCUCAAGCCGUACAGGAAACCAGAGCUUCUGCUGUGGCUGGAAAGAGACAGAGCCGGCCCCAAGGACAAGGCCGAGCUGGGGGCCAUACUGGAGGAGGUGGCAAAAGUGAAUCCCAAAGACAGCAGCUACCUGCUGAGGGAUGACUUCUACAAGUACGUGCAGAGGGACUGGCCAGGCUACAGUGAGGAGGAGAGGCAGCUGAUCAGCAGGCUGCUGGCCAGGAAGUUGCAGCCGCACAUCAGCCACCAAUCAAGGAACCCUCAAGCAAAUGUGUUGAUGCCGAAGACCUCAGAGGAUACGACACUACAUCACAGCACAGCGAAAAAUCCUGCAGUGAAACGUCCCGUGCCUUUUGACUCACUGGAAAGGCUAGCUGUUAAGAGACAAAGACCUGCAGACCUGAGGUUGCAACAGCAGCCCGCAGUAAACGGACUCUUAAACAAUAAAGGACAUGACGUUGCAGCUCCUAACCUCAACCCCACUUUCCACACAAAGACUGAGUUUCAAGUUACCAGUAUAGUUACAAGUAACUAUACUGGUAACCAAAAUGGCUUACCGGGGGGCCACAAUGGCUUUCCUCUAAUGCACAAAAUGUCUAGCACCUCUGACACACCUGUCUUAGAGAGCAGAGAGCAAGAACCCAAAGUAAGCAGCCACCAGCCACCGCAGGGUGACUCUGACUGCGCUCACCAGCAGCUCGCCAACAGCCAGCACAGGAAGAAGAAAUCUAAAAAGCACAAAGACAAGGAGCGGGAGAGGUUAAAAGACAACAAGGGCAGUGCAUGGUUAGAGACGAGUCCUGAUCUCAAGCAGAACCCGGACAAACUUGACAAUCCUGACAUCACAAAUGCUGUGGCCUCUGAGGAAAAGCCAGAUUAUGUGCUCACAUACGGCACCAUCAUGAGUUUGGAGCAACGUCAGAGGUACCAAGAGGAUUUCUGUGCAGAGUAUGAUGAAUACAAAGACCUCCACUCCCGGAUCGCCACCAUAACUCACAUGUUUGUUCAGCUAGGAUCCAAGAUCAAAAGCUUGUCCCCUGGCACGCAACAAUAUAAGAUAAUGGAAGACCAAAUACUAGAAAAGUACAACAAGUAUCGAAAGAAGUUCCCAGGCUACCGGGAAGAGAAGAAACGCUGCGAAUAUCUCCACGAGAAACUGUCCUACAUCAAACAGCUCAUCAUAGACUAUGAUGUCUCUCAGGCUUCUUCAUAGCAUCGGCUCUGCCCUUUAUCAGAUUUUUUUUUUAUGCAUAAACAACAUAGGUGUCAAACAAAGCGUUUUCAUUGAGAUUGAUAUCAAAGGUUUUGGAUGAAACUGCAUGCAGACGUCAACACGGACUGCUUCUGCUGGGACCACGGAUGAUUCUGUGAGCACUAAUGAUGUACAUCAAUAGCAGAUUUCACUCUGGAAGUUAUCAUUUCUUAAGAGAUGUCUUGUUGAUGUGAAAAGUCCAAGGGAAAGGCAAAAAACCAAAAAGUCACUAAUGAGACCUUGGAAAGCAUCUGUGCACAUCAAAUUGCCAUGACAGACACUAAUAGUUUUUGCCAGCCUUGUUAAAACCAGUGUCAGUGUAAGCCAUUUUGUUGGAAAUAUGUAAAAGGUAUCAAAUAUGACUUUAAUUUAAUCACUUUGUUUUUGACACUUGUUAAGUUAAACAUUGCUCCAGGUAAGCUUUCCCCUUUCCUUUUUAAAAGUUCAAAGAUUUCAGAAUGCUUUGUAAAAAAAAAAAAAAAAAAAGUAUACUUUUCAAUACCAUAUCAAAGUUGUCUCAUUCACGAUACAUGAUUGAAGCAGCCCACUGCAAAAAAAAAAGAAAUGUUUGAAGUAAUUUCAUCUCGGAUUCAGCCUUCACGUCUUAUUAUGCAAAUGGGGUGAGAUAAUUCCACCUGUUCCCAAUGCAGUUUCCCUUAACAAUUCAGGCAUUUAUCUUGAAGCAAGACUAAUUUAAAGCAGUUGCUGCAUUAGCAUCUCUUGAAAAUUAAAAAAGAAGUGUAUUUUGUAUUGAAAAAAAGUGAAAUAAUCUCACCCCUCAGCAGAAAAAUAAUAAUUUUAAGAAUAGCUCAAUAAUAUACAAAGUGAUGUAUUAAAAUGAAGAUAUUUUGCAAUAUAGUCAGUAAGGGGGUCCUACUGUUCACCUGGAUUCAUCUGGUCAGCUUGUUUCAUGAGUGGUCCUGACAUAUUGCACACAAAAUUCAAAUUCUUAAAAUACUAGCUGCUGAAUCCAAUGAGAAAAAACUGAAAAAUAUCCAAAUGGUUGGAUAUGCGAAGAGGUGUAUGAGGUAUAUGCUGUCUCCCAAAUGCACUUGUGUUUAAAGUAUUUAUUCACCACACCCCUUUUCUUUUGAAUGACUGGUGAAGGGACCAAAACGCUUGGCCUUAAUGGCUGUUGCAAUAAAUUUGUGAGGAAAGAUGAUUUUCCUCCUCAAAGCCAUUACUGACAUUGUUAAUCAGGCACAGAGUCUAGUUUAAAGUAUUUUAACCCACUGGAAAGAAGUGUCUUUCUCUCUUUUUCCCCCGUAGAACUACUGAUGUAUUUAUUUUAAGCCAUCUUCCUUUGUUCUGUGUUGUUGGUCUCCUCAUCUUGAAGCGUCAUGGUCUUGUUUGAUCAAAGUGUUUGUAUCCAUGCAGCUGGGGGAGCAAGGUGGGAGAGGUUGUGAACAGAUCAAAGGAUCACGUAACACAAUAUGUUGGUUGUCUCUGUCUGACCUGACACAGUUGUGUAGCGGGGCUGGGUUAAAGCAGCCCCAAAGUCCUCUAAAUAUUAAUGUUGAAAUGGCAACAAAAGGCCUCAGAUGGGAGGUUAGUGGCCACGUCGCCCAACACUGUGUCUGAAACGUAUUCACUAUAAAGAAACAACUAUCACACAAAGCAUGGUGGUACAUUACAUAUGUUCAAAUCGUAUUAUUUGAGACAGCACUACAAAAUGGGACACUAAAUUGGAGUUUCCAGUUAAUAAUCAGUGCCCAUUCAGUUGUUUUUUGUUUGUUUUUUUUGCACUAAACCCAGUCUGAAAAAAGGGGAUGGCAGGCUAGUAAAAUUUCCACUCAGAUUGUAAUUGUUCAAUGAUUUAGAAGCCUUAAGAUUACACUUUUCUAGCACGAAAUCUUCAAUCUGCCAAUAUCAACAAGGAGUCAUUAUCCACACACAUCUGUUAUCUGCCUUAUAUUACUGUUAGCUGUUACAUGUAAACCUGUCUUAGCCAUUUUACUGUUCCAAUGAAUGCUAACAGUGGCUUUCUCACACGUUGGAUUAUCACUUUCUGGAGGAAAUGUUUCAUAAUGUAAUUUUAAAAUUGUUUAGUGCACAGUUUGACUGGCUAUGAUGGCAUAGCUUACUCAUCAGUUGCAUUUGUAAUCUUUCUGGUACUUUUUGGUUUCUCAUAAUCAUCAUUGUAUGGCCAGGUAUUUAUCAUUAGGAACGCCACUUUGGUAAACUGCGGCUGAUGUUCCUAUUGACAUCCCAUUUGACUCAGCUCUGAGCACAUGGAACAGUUUGAUUGGAAGACUGUCUUCAGUGAUUCCUGCAAUAUUUCAAGCACACAAAAACCCCAUUGUUAAAAUGACAAUACUCAAUCACUUUCAGGUAGUGGGUGGUAAUUAUGAGAAGGUUUCAGGGAGGAAACGGUAUAGAGGUGUCAAGUGGCUGAUUGAAGACCAUAAUUAUCUGUGGGUUAUUGAGUUUGAUGAAAGAAUCACUGGUCUUGAAGACAGAAUAUUUCUUACAAAAUCCCAAAUGAUUUUUAUUUAUCUGUGCAAGUCUUAAUCACAAGCUACAAUAAAACAUAAGUUGUUUUGUUUUCUGAACUGGUGCUAAAUAUUUACAAGGCACCAGUGUGUACUGCACAGUAGGUGUUUUUAUUUACUACAUACCUGCUGAAGGUAAAUCCUCAUCUUAGUCACAGAGGAGUCAGAGAAGAGAGUAUGCACUAUGAACUGCAUUUUACAAAUGUAUACUUUCUCUUUUCCUGUUGUGCAAAGUUCAAAAGAAUAAAAAAAAAUCCAAGUGAA